GGAUAUAAUCGGGACAGUGUAGCAGUGCAAGUAGCAGGAUGGAUGGUCUAGGAGGUGGAAUACAGCUGGGGACAUGGGCGGUGGAUGAAACGCUCAGUGAUGCUGGGCAUUACGUCGAAGACGGCCUACACAGUGAUGGCAAUGCCAGUUUUCUCCGGGCUGCAAGAGCAGGAAACCUGGAUAAGGUUUUGGAAUACUUGAAAGGGAGUACGGAUAUAAACACAAGUAACGCAGAACGAUAUGAAGAGAUUACUCAGUUAAUCAAUGGUGUUUUCAAUAAGAAUGGACUGAAUGCACUCCACCUAGCUUCUAAGGAAGGACAUGUACAUGUUGUAACAGAAUUAUUGAAACGAGGAGCCAAUGUUGAUGCCGCUACCAAGAAAGGAAACACCGCCCUGCACAUCGCCUCUUUGGCUGGGCAGUCGGAAGUUGCCAAGACACUGAUCAAGUUCGGAGCCAAGGUCAAUGCUCAGUCACAGACCGGGUUCACCCCUUUGUACAUGGCAGCACAGGAGAACCAUGCUGAUGUGGUCAAGUUUUUACUGGCACAUGGGGCAAGCCAGAGCUUAGCCACAGAGGAUGGAUUCACUCCUCUUGCUGUCGCACUACAACAGGGCCACGAGAAGGUCGUUGCCGUUCUACUGGAGAAUGACACUCGUGGGAAGGUCAGGCUACCGGCACUUCACAUUGCUGCCAAGAAGGAUGACAUCAAAGCAGCGGCACUGCUCCUACAGAAUGAACACAAUGCCGACGUAACAUCUAAGAGUGGGAGCUUAGUUAAUGACACGACCAAGAGUGGAUUUACUCCACUUCACAUCGCUGCCCACUACGGAAACGUCAACGUAGCCACCCUACUGAUCGAGAAGAAUGCAGAUCCAAACUUCCGCGCCAGGCCUGAUAGGAAUGGCAACGGUAUCUGCCCGAUGCACGUUGCUUCAAAGUGGGGCAAGAUCAACAUGGUCAAUCUGUUGAUUGAUAAUAACGCCCUCAUUGACGUCAGGACGAGGGAUGGUUUGACGCCCCUCCACUGUGGAUCUAGGAGUGGCCAUGAGAACUGUGUUGACAUUCUACUCGAGCGUGGGGCACCGAUCGCCUCAAAGACAAGGAAUGGCCUCACCCCGCUGCACAUGGCUGCCCAAGGAGACCACGUAGACUGCGCACGUCUGCUUCUCCUGAAGAAGUCACCAGUAGAUGAAGUGACCGUAGAUUUCUUGACCCCGCUUCACGUCGCCGCUCACUGUGGAAACGUCAGGAUUGCCAAGUUGUUGUUGGACUGGAAGUGUGAGCCUAAUGCAAGGGCUCUGAAUGGCUUCACCCCGCUGCACAUAGCGUGUAAGAAGAACAGGAUCAAGGUGGUGGAACUCCUAUUGAAGUAUGGUGCAUCCAUUGAGGCCACCACAGAGUCUGGCCUCACUCCAUUGCAUGUCGCCUCCUUCAUGGGCCACAUGAACAUCGCCAUCAGCUUGAUCCAACAUGGUGCCAACCCAGACUUCCAGACAGUCCGCGGAGAGACGGCGCUCCAUCUUGCUGCCCGUGCGAACCAGACCGACAUCAUCAGGAUAUUGCUGAGGAACAAUGCCCAGGUUGAUGCUAAAGCUAGGGAACAACAAACCCCACUUCACAUCGCCGCACGCCUUGGCAAUGUCGACAACGUGAUGUUGUUGCUGCAGCACGGAGCCUCCCCCAAUGCUACCACCAAAGACUUGUACACACCACUUCACAUUGCCGCCAAGGAGGGACAGGAGGAGGUUGCCACUGUCCUGUUGGAGCAUGGUGCGUCACUCGACCUCACCACUAAGAAAGGAUUCACACCCCUGCACAUCGCCUGCAAGUAUGGCAACAUCAAGGUCGUACGUCUCCUCCUCCAAAAGGAGGCCAAUGCCAACGUACAAGGCAAGAACGGCCUGACCCCACUUCACGUGGCCACUCACUACAACCACGUGAACGUGGCACUACUCUUGAUGAACAAGGGCGCCUCACCCCACUGCACCGCAAAGAAUGGCUACACGCCCCUGCACAUCGCUGCCAAGAAGAACCAGAUGGACAUUGCUACGACUCUCCUAGAAUAUGGGGCCAAACCUGAUGCAGAAUCAAAGAAUGGAUUCGCGCCACUCCAUCUUGCAGCACAAGAAGGACACACUGAGAUGGUGGCAUUGCUCCUCGAGCAUAAGGCCAACCCCAACAUCCCGGCCAAGAACGCCUUGACCCCAAUGCACUUGGCCGCCCAAGAAGACCGAGUGCCCGUAGCGGAGGUGCUGGUUAAACACUCAUCCGACAUUGACAAACAGACCAAAGCUGGUUACACCCCGCUGCACACCGCCGGUCACUUUGGACAGCAGAACAUGGUCAGGUUUUUGUUGGAACAUGGCAGUAACGUCAACGCCACAACAAAGAUGGGCUACACCCCACUCCACCAAGCUGCUCAGCAAGGACACGUUCAGGUCUGCAAGCUGCUUCUCAAGAACGGUGCCUCACCGAACGCCAUUUCAAACAAUGGCCAGACGGCUCUCUCGAUCGCCCAGCAACUUAACUACAUCUCCGUGGUCGAGAUCCUGAAGGGCAUCACAGAGGUCACCGCGACGAUGACCCCUGGCGAGGAGAAAUACAAGGUUGUCUCGCCCGAGAUCAUGCAGGAAACGUUCAUGACGGAUUCGGAAGAUGAAGGAGAUGAUUCCUUUUUUGAUACCUCCUUCUCGGACACUAGCGCCACCAUCGACCGCCUUUCGAGACGACAUCAUCACAAGUAUGGCGAGAAUCCCGAUAGCAGCAUUGAGAUGGAAGAUGGGCCUUCCCAUACCCGACGUCUUGUCAGCACCUCCAGCGAUCAAGUAUUUUCAGAAGAUGGUCCACAAAUGCGACCACACAAAAGGAGGAAGAAACGUCUGGACACCUCUGAUGACUUUUCACGGAUGAUGAGCAAGUCAACAGAAGAGAUCGAGCGAGAGAUGGACUACGGAGCUGGGCGUAUGUUGAGUACUUCAUCGACCUUUGGCCGCGACACCCUUGGCCCCAGCAGAGAUACCCUGCAGAGUGGAAUCAGUAGUACUGGUGAUGAUUUCAUGCCUACGUCACCAUUAUUUGGCCGGCCUAUCUCCGAGCAGCAUGUCUACCUCCCUUAUUACGAGGGGAUUAAGAUGCAGUCGCGUGAAGACACAAUUCUCGGCGAUCAGUCAUAUUAUCUCCAAGAUAAUGAGAUGAAAUACAUGCACGAUGAUUCCAUCGUCUCCCAACAGACGCACCAAUUAGAUGAGUUCAACACAUCGGUGCCCUCGAUGGGCUACGAAGAGACGCAGUUCCACUUCGGCAAGGCUGACCAACAUGUGGAUACAAAGGCACCGAAAGCGCAAGCGACUAUGGACGGCUCCUUCGAACGACCUGUCGUCUCCGCCACUAUGCAAUCUGGCCUUGAGAGCCAGGCACCGAUGAACGGCUUGCUUGAAGAGCCCGUUACACGUGCAAAUCAAUCUGGGCUCCAGAGCCAGCCGAAUGCCCAGUUUUACGGCAGGGCUGAUCAGAAUGUGGAUACAAUGGCGCCCAAUGCGCAAGUGACGAUGAGCAUGAACGGGUCGUUCGAACAGCCGCCCGCUACCUUGAACCUGCAGUCAGGCCAUGAGCACAUACCGUCGGCGUCAUUCACGGAUGAGCCACUAGUGGAAGAGAAAUUUGACCAAAUUGAAGCAAGCCAGGCCUACACCGCUUGGACACCAGCGAAUAUCGAGAUGCACCAGAAACAGCCAACUGCGGCCAUGCAGGAUGGACGAGAAAUGUCCUCAUACAGUGGCACCAAGUUCACUCCAUACGAACCUGACAACGUCCAGGUGGAAAGGAUUCCAGUCUUCUCAGGCAAACUGAAAUGGAAGAGUUUCCUGAUCAGCUUCAUGGUAGAUGCCCGCGGGGGUGCCAUGCGUGGAUGCCGCCACCAGGGGGUGCGCAUCAUCAUUCCACCAAGGAAGGCCUCCAUGCCGACCCGUGUCACGUGCCGCCUCGUCAAGAAAGAGAAGUUGCUACACCCACCACCAAUGAUGGAGGGAGAGGGACUGGCUAGCAGGCUGUUGGAGAUGGGACCUGUUGGAACCAAAUUCUUGGGACCUGUCAUCCUUGAAGUGCCACACUUUGCCUCAAUGCGUGGUAAAGAACGUGAGGUUCUGAUCAUGCGUAGCGACGACGGCGAGAAUUGGCGUGAACAUCCCAUCGAGGCCACCGAAGAAGCUGUGCAUGAAGCGCUUGGAGGUAGCUUUGAAGCUUUGGACAUUGAAAGUGCCUUUGAAAAGACGGAUCUUGAAUCUGCAGAAGACCUGUACCAUAAGCGCAUCACCCGCAUCCUGACCACUGAUUUUCCACAAUACUUUGCCCUCGUCACACGCAUCCGUGAAGAGAACAACAACAUUGGAUACGAGGGCGGUAUGAUCAGUUCCACUGUCGUACCACAGGUUCAGGCUGUCUUCCCAGAGGGCGCUCUCACCAAGAAGAUCAAGGUUGGGCUACAGGCCCAACCUGUACCACCAGAUCAGGUAGCAAAACUCCUUGGCAACCGAGUUGCGGUGAGUCCCAUCGUCACCGUUGAGCCACGUAGGCGCAAAUUCCACAAGCCGAUCACUCUGACCAUUCCGCUGCCAAAGGCCUCUCAAAAGGGCAUGAUCAACCAAUAUGGCAGCGAUGCACCUACGCUCCGCCUACUCUGCAGUAUCACUGGCCCUAGAAAGCUCCACAAGCAACGAGAAGUUCCAGGAGAUGUCCCCAGUCGACCUGGUGGGCCCGCUCCAGCGCAAUGGGAGGAUGUGACAGGAACAACACCACUCGCGUUCGUCGAUGACUGUGUCUCUUUUACUACAGCCGUAUCUGCCAGGUUCUGGUUGAUGGAUUGUCAAAAUAUCAACGACUCAGCAAAAAUGGCAACAGAGCUCUACAGGGAGGCCAUCUGUGUCCCGUACAUGUCCAAGUUUGUUGUGUUUACAAAACGCCACGACCCUCAAGAGGCAAAGUUACGCUGCUUCUGUAUGACGGACGAUAAGAUGGAAAAAACCCUGGAGAGUCAGGAACAUUAUACAAAAGUUGCAGAGAGCAAGGAUGUGGAGGUUUUGGAUGGCAAGACCAACUGGAUAGAGAUGGCAGGCAACCUGGUACCCGUGACCAAGUCUGGCGAUCAGCUUCACUUCCCCUUCCAUGCAUUUAGAGAAAAUCGCGUUCCAUUUACGGUCAGGGUCCGAGAUACAAAUGCGGAGCCGACAGCGAGAGUUGCGUUUAUGAAAGAUCCAAAAACAGCACGUGGGGAGGCACCACAGACACCUGUGUGCAGCUUAAAUAUCAAAUUGCCAGAUUAUGUGAAGAUGGAAGGUGGCUCCAUGGAAACUUUAGAUUCAGAGGCAGCAUUAGAACUUCGAAAGAAAUAUUCCUUCUUAACGGGGGAUGAGACAACCAACACAGAAACUAUGGCAAAAAUGGAUUUGAGGUUAAGUGAAAUCGCGUCCACUCUUCAGGGAGAUUGGGUCAUCCUCGCCAAAAGACUUGGAAUAUCCGACGAAGAAAUAAAAGGCAUAAAAAAUCAGUAUAAUACGUUGAGUGACCAGUGUCUGGCCAUGUUACUCCUUUGGCGACAGCGGUAUGGAGACGAGGCCACAGCGAACGUCCUAGAAAAAGCUCUGCGCGAUAUCAACAGGGAAGAUGUGAUUAGAAAAUGUAUAUAUAAUGUCGAGUCGAUCGACGACGACUUGGAAAAAGCUUUCGCAAAAACACAGAUGGAUACGUCAGGUUUUGAUGCCUUAAAAGAAGAAUUAGGUCCUUCCAGGGAAUCAACAAUAGAACGAGGCAUGUCGUUAGAUGUACAGUUUGAUGAAAAAGAUUUGAUGAAGGAGUCCGAAUCAGCUGGAGAGGAGAGCACAAGUUCACGGGGGUCCGUUGUCGAAAAUAAAGAUUUCACCAAAGAUGAGGAUGAGGUAACAGAGACAUUUAGAGAACCUGUGAAGGAAAAAUCCGAUGAGGAAAAACUCAAAGAGGAGGAGGAAAAAGAGGAAGCGUAUCGUCAGUUGAUCGAGAAACUUGAAUUGUUUGACGGGAAUGAAUCUGAUGACUACCAUCCUCAUGAAUCAGCAGAUGAUGUUGCUGAGGAUGAACUAACAGAAACAAAGAAAACAGAGGAGGUUGAGGACCUGAUUACAAAAUUACAGUCAUUUGAACAGCAGAGUAUGGAUGACCGUAUGUCAGUGUCGAGUGAGGAACAUGACCAAGAUGAUGAUGCUACCAAGACGCCGCCAUCAACGCCCACAAAUACUGACAAAGAUGGCAAAAAAGGCCAAAAGAAAGAGGAGGUCGAGGAAAAUGAAUACGUGACGGAAACAGAGGAAUGGGACGGUGAUAAAUAUGUCAAAAGGAAACGAAUUACUAAAACCAAACUAGUCAAAGUUUCUCAAGUUCCUACCAAUGUUGAUGAGGUGGCUGCACGUCUAGCUGACACAGAACAGUGGCAGUCACAAGAUGACAUCAUCGCCCCAGAAACUCAGAUGUCUACAGAGUCUGCGCCUUGCUUCGCACAAGAAGUUCCUGGAGAUAUCACCCUUGACCUCGAGCCAGCCAAGCCAAGAUCAAGAACACCCUCCUCCUCUUCCUCCUCCAAAGCGGAAGCUGAUAUGGAACAAGAUGAGGAAUCUGCAACACCUCUUGAAAGCCCGGUGGAAGAUGUUGAAGAAGUUGAAGAAACUCUGCCUGAUGGAACUGUCAUUAUCAAACGCAUUGUAACCAAGGGCAAGUCUGUCACUACAUACACCAGUGUGGUCUCAGAGCCUAAGCCUGCACCAGUACCAGAGCCUGUUGAACCAGUUGAUUUUCACAAGCCUGAAGAUGAAGGUGACUUUGAAGAAGAAGUCCUUCCUGACGGCACCAGAAUCCGCAAGCGUAUCAUCAGAACCAAGACCACAAAGACGAUCUACAUCACCAAGACAACCACUGAUGGUCGAGAGUAUGAAGAAACCGAAGAGAGACCACUUUCUAGAGAUUCGUCAAGAUCUGCUUCGCCAGCGGGAGACAGGCCAAGCACAACUCUUGAUGAACCUUUCAAUCAACCUGAAGAAAGAGAGGGUGAACUACCUGAAUCGACACAAGUUAUGGAAGAAACCCUGGAUGAUGGCACCUUAGUCACUACUAAGAUAUCCAAGUUUGAAACAACAAAGGUCACCCACGUUCAUCGACGAUCGAUCACGGGGGAGGUGGAGGAGGACAUCUGUGAAGGGCCUCGAUCGGAACCGGAAUCUGAGGAGGAGGAGGAAGGUAGACCAACAGAUCGAAAAACUUCUCAUUCUUCUUCUUCAGAGCCUGAAAGAAUAGAAGAUGAGGUUGAAAGGCCACAAGAAUCAUCACAGAUCUAUAGUGAACCACCUUUGGAAGAUUUUGGAUCCCAGGAACUUAUUGAUGAAAGCAUCAAGGUCCAUACUGAAGUCGUGAAAGGGGAACCAGAAACAGAAACGGAUGUGCAAGAGUUUGAGGAAACCCUACCUGAUGGUACCAUUGUCAAACGCAGGGUCACCAAGACUCGCACCACACAGGAUGUUACGACUCGUAUCACUGCUGAAGGUUAUGGAAUUGAAGAUGCAGAAAUUCCUGGUCUGUCACAAGAAGAGUUAGAAAAUGGUGAAACUAUUGAAGGUGAACCGGAUACUGAUACAGCAGUUGAGGAGUACGAGGAGAUGCUUCCUGAUGGUACUUUCCUAAAACGCAAGGUGAUCAAAACCCGCACAACACAAAGCAUCACGACCAAGACAGUUUCUGAUGAGAUCACUGAAGACGCCCAAGUCAGUUUUGAAGAUGAAAGCCCCGGUACCCCCGUCAUCACGAUCACUGAGGAUCAUUCCCUCCCAUGCCAGGAGGACGAUGAUCAUUUAAAAUAUUUUGGAAUAGAGCAGACUAAAGACCAAGGACAGCAGUCUACGGAGCUCGCGGAGGAAGAAGACGAAGAACCUGAACCUAUGGUGAUUGAAGAGAAGAGAAAAAGUGUCACAGAAAUUGUGACCAUAUUUGAAGACAUCGCUAAGCGAGAGUCUGAGGACUCUGAGACUAUCAUUACCAAAGAUGACAGUAUUUUGGAGGAGGGCGAAGAAAAGAUAAAGCUUGAUGAAGCAACAACUGAAAAAGUUUCAAAAGUAGAAAGUCCUCCCUUGGAGUCGGUUGAAACGGCCCCAAGUGAGGACACAACUAUCUCUGCUGCUUCACAGGUCACGGUGCAACCCGAAAUUGAGGAAAAACAAGCUUCCCCAGUUGAGGCUCAACCAUUUAGUGUGACUGAAAAACAGGAGGAGAUAAUUGAGGAAGUGAUCAUAGUGACCUCUUCUGAAGUGUCUGAGUCUGCACCUCAGAUAAUGCUGGAAGAACAAACAGAUGAGGAAAUGUCUGCUCCUAAACCUGACACCACUGCUCGUCAAGGAGGUUUGGAUCUUCCUGAUUACCACAUCACCAUUACUGCUGCCACUCCAGAACCACCAGGUUCAGAAGAAGAAGACUUGUCAAAGGGAGACGACCUACCAAAGGAAGAGAUGGAGGAGGACGGUGUUGAGGAACAGCCAGUGGAGAUUGCAAGCCCUGAAAAGGAAGCCGUAGAAGGUGAUGACUUAUUUGGCAGUGAUGAUGAAAUGGCAGAAAUAGAUGAUGAAACAGCAAAGAAGUUCCGUGAUGUAAGGCUUCAUAUUGCCAUGACUGCGCCAUCAGCCUCAUUAGAAUGUCACGACCGAUCACGUACCCCAAGUGAUAUCUCUGACACUGAACAUUUACAAACUGAUGACCUUCCAACUGAGCCUGAGGAUAGGCCAUUAUCCCCUAGUGAAUACACUAUAGACCCUGAGGCAGACACUGAGCAAGAAAUAGCCCAGCUAGAGCAUGAACCAGAAGGAAGGAUAUCUGCUGACACCUCAGAACAGAUCUUCAUUGAACAGAGUAUAGAGGCACAGCGACAUUCAACUAGCAGCUCACCUGUGAUUGAAGACCAGGAACGACCUCCAUCACCCUCUACUAUGACAUUAGUGGUUGAGAAAGAAGAAGAUGGGACUGUGGAAACACCAGAAAAGGAACCUAUUCCCGAGCCUGAACAUCUGCCCGAACCGGUGGAACCUCUUGAAGAUGGGGAUAUUAGUAAUGAUGUUAGUGUAGUUAUAUUACAUGGGGCACCCAAUGAUGUUUUGAAAGAAAAGUAUGAAGCUGAUUCUGAGGAAGAUCUGCUUGAGCAGGAAUCUUUUGACCAAGACAUGACUGAGAAAGUUGAUGAGGAGCCGGAAACUGAUGAAAAAGACUUGUAUGAAAAGGAAUCUGAGGUUCCUGACGAAUCUCAUGUAAUUGAAAAAGCUGAAAUAGAAAGCCCUGAGGAGGUGAUAGAGCCAGCAGCGAUGGAUGAAGUUGAGAAAACCUGGUCUGAUGAAAAGUUUGAUGAGCCACAGGGUUUUGAGGAGCUACAUGUAGAGCCUGAAAGGCCAGGGCUAUCAAUUGAGGAACCACAGGUAGUUGGGGAGCCUAAGUCUGAAAAGCCAGAAGAACCAAUUGAGGAACCACAGGCAAUUGAUGAGCUAGAGUUUGAAAAGCCAGAAGAGCCUAUUCAAGAACCACAGACAAUUGAGGACAUAGAAUCAUCAAAGCCAGAUGAUUUAUUUGAGGAGCCCCAUGCUACUGCAGAACUAGAAUCCACAAAACCAGAGGAACCAAUUGAGGAACCGCAGACAAUUGAGUUGCUUCAACCUGCAGAGCAAGAAGAACCAGUUGAGGAACAACAGACAAUUGAGGAGCUUAAAUCUGAAGAGCCAGAAGAACAAAUUGAGGAACCACAGGCAGUCAUGGAGCUUAAAUGUGAAAAACCAGAAGAACCAAUUGAAGAACAGCAAGCUACGGAGGACCUGAAAGCCGAAAAGCCAGAAGAACCAAUAGAGGAACCUAAAACUAUUACUGAGUUAGAAUCUGAAAAGCAUGAAGCACCAAUUAAGGAAGCCAAAAUUAUCAUAGAACCUGAAUUUGAAAAGCCAGAGGAGUCAAUUGAUGAACCAGAAUCAGAAAUAGUUCACGAAGCAGAGUCUGAACCUUCUGUUGAGGCAACUCUUGAGAAAAAGGAAAUUGUGGACGAACCAGAGUCAGAACCUGUGGUUGAGGAAACACCAGAGGAAAAAGAGGUUAUAGAGGAAGUAGAGUCUGCACCAGUGAUUGAGGAAACACCUGAGGAGAAAGAAAUUGUAGAGGAACCAGAGUCCAAACCUGUGGUUGAAGAAACCCCAGCGGGGAUAAUUAUUGUUGAGGAACCAGAUUCAGAACCUGUGGUUGAAGAAACACCAGAGGAGAAAGCAGUGGUUGAAGAGCCAGAGUCUGCACCUUCACUUGAGGAAACACCAGAAGAGAAAGAGGUUAUAGAAGAAGUGGAGUCUGCACCAGUGAUUGAGGAAACACCAGAGAAGAAAGAAAUUGUAGAGGAACCAGAGUCCAAACCUGUGGUUGAAGAAACCCCAGCGGGGAUAAUUAUUGUUGAGGAACCAGAGUCAGAACCUGUGGUUGAAGAAACACCAGAGGAGAAAGAUAUGGUUGAAGAGCCAGAGUCUGCACCUUCACUUGAGGAAACACCAGAAGAGAAAGAGGUUAUAGAGGAAGUAGAGUCUGCAGCAGUGAUUGCGGAAACACCAGAGGAGAAAGAAAUUGUAGAGGAACAAGAGUCCAAACCUGUGGUUGAAGAAACCCCAGCAGGGAUAAUUAUUGUAGAGGAACCAGAGUCUGCACCUGUGGUUGAAGAAACACCGGAGGAGAAAGAAAUUGUAGACGAACCAGAGUUUGCACCUGUGGUUGAAGAAACACCGGAGGAGAAAGAAAUUGUAGACAAACCAGAGUCUGAACCUGUGGUUGAAGAAACACCGGAGGUGAAAGAAAUUGUAGAUGAACCAGAGUCUGAACCUGUGGUUGAAGAAACACCAGAGGAGAAAGAAAUUAUAGAGGAUACACAGUCAGAACCUGAGAUUGAAACCAAAGAAGAGAAAGAAAUUGUGGAGGAACCAGAGUCAGAACCUGUGGUUGAAGAAACACCUCAGGAGAAAGAAAUGGUUGAAGAGCCAGAGUCUGCACCUUCAGUUGAGGAAACACAAGAAGAGAAAGAGGUUAUAGAGGAAGUAGAGUCUGCACCAGUGAUUGAGGAAACACCAGAGAAGAAAGAAAUUGUAGAGGAACCAGAGUCCAAACCUGUGGUUGAAGAAACCCCAGUGGGGAUAAUUACUGUUGAGGAACCAGAGUCUGCACCUGUAGUUGAAGAAACACCGGAGGAGAAAGAAAUUGUAGAUGAACCAGAGUCUGAACCUGUGGUUGAAGAAACACCGGAGGAGAAAGAAAUUAUGGAGGAACCAGAGUCUGCACCAGUGAUUGAGGAAACACCAGAGAAGAAAGAAAUUGUAGAGGAACCAGAGUCCAAACCUGUGGUUGAAGAAACCCCAGCGGGGAUAAUUAUUGUUAAGGAACCAGAGUCUGCACCUGUAGUUGAAGAAACACCGGAAGAGAAAGAAAUUGUAGACGAACCAGAGUCUGAACCUGUGGUUGAAGAAACACCGGAGCAGAAAGAAAUUGUAGAUGAACCAGAGUCUGAACCUGUGGUUGAAGAAACACCAGAGGAGAAAGAAAUUAUGGAGCAAACACAGUCAGAACCUGAGACUGAAACCCAAGAAGAGAAAGAAAUUGUGGAGGAACCAGAGUCAGAACCUGUGGUUGAGGAAACACCUCAGGAGAAAGAAAUGGUUGAAGAGCCAGAGUCUGCACCUUCAGUUGAGGAAACACCAGAGGAGAAAGAGGUUGUAGAAGAAGUAGAGUAUACACCAGUGAUUGCGGAAACACCAGAGGAGAAAGAAAUUGUAGAGGAACCAGAGUCCAAACCUGUUGUUGAAGAAAUCCCAGCGGGGAUAAUUAUUGUUGAGGAACCAGAGUCUGCACCUGUAGUUGAAGAAACACUGGAGGAGAAAGAAAUUGUAGAGGAAACACAGUCAGAACCUGAGAUUGAAACCCAAGAAGAGAAAGAAAUUGUAGAGGAACCAGAGUCAGAAACUGUCCUUGAAGAAACACCCGAGGAGAAAGAAAUGGUUGAAGAGCCAGAGUCUGCACCUUCAGUUGAGGAAACACCAGAGGAGAAAGAGGUUAUAGAGGAAGUAGAGUCUGCACCAGUGAUUGAGGAAACACCUGAGGAGAAAGAAAUUGUGGAAAAACCAGAGUCAGAACCUGUGGUUGAGGAAACACCCGAGGAGAAAGAAAUUGUAGAGGAACCAGAGUUAGAACUUUUGGUCGAAGAAACACCCGAGGAGAAAAAAAUGGUUGAAGAGCCAGAGUCUGCACCUUCAGUUGAGGAAACACCAGAGGAGAAAGAGGUUAUAGAGGAAGUAGAGUCUGCACCAGUGAUUGAGGAAACACCUGAGGAGAAAGAAAUUUUGGAAAAACCAGAGUCAGAACCUGUGGUUGAGGAAACACCCGAGGAGAAAGAAAUUGUGGAGGAACCAGAGUCUGCACCAGUGAUUGCGGAAACACCAGAGGAGACAGAAAUUGUAGAGGAACCAGAGUUAGAACUUUUGGUCGAAGAAACACCCGAGGAGAAAAAAAUGGUUGAAGAGCCAGAGUCUGCACCUUCAGUUGAGGAAACACCAGAGGAGAAAGAGGUUAUAGAGGAAGUAGAGUCUGCACCAGUGAUUGAGGAAACACCUGAGGAGAAAGAAAUUUUGGAAAAACCAGAGUCAGAACCUGUGGUUGAGGAAACACCCGAGGAGAAAGAAAUUGUGGAGGAACCAGAGUCUGCACCAGUGAUUGCGGAAACACCAGAGGAGACAGAAAUUGUAGAGGAACCAGAGUUAGAACUUUUGGUCGAAGAAACACCCGAGGAGAAAAAAAUGGUUGAAGAGCCAGAGUCUGCACCUUCAGUUGAGGAAACACCAGAGGAGAAAGAGGUUAUAGAGGAAGUAGAGUCUGCACCAGUGAUUGCAGAAACACGAGAGGAGAAAGAAAUUUUAGAGGAACCAGAGUCAGAACCUGUGGUUGAGGAAACACCCGAGGAGAAAGAAAUUGUGGAGGAACCAGAGUCGGCACCAGUGAUUGCAGAAACACCAGAAGAGAAAGAAACUGUAGAGGAACCAGAGUCAGAACCUGUGGUUGAGGAAACACCCGAGGAGAAAGAAAUUGUGGAGGAACCAGAGUCAGAACCAGUGGUUGAGGAACCACCAGAGGAGAAAGAAGUUAUAGAGAAACCAGAUUCAGAACAUGUGGUUGAAGAAACACCAGAAGAGAAAGAAAUGGUUGAAGAGCCAGAGUCUGCACCUUCAGUUGAGGAAACACCAGAGGAGAAAGAGGUUAUAGAAGAAGUAGAGUAUGCACCAGUGAUUGCGGAAACACCAGAGGAGAAAGAAAUUGUAGAGGAACCAGAGUCCAAACCUGUGGUUGAAGAAACCCCAGCAGGGAUAAUUAUUGUUGAGGAACCAGAGUCUGCACCUGUAGUUGAAGAAACACCGGAGGAGCAAGGAAUUGUAGACGAACCAGAGUCUGAACAUAUGGUUGAAGAAACACCUGAGGAGAAAGAAAUUGUAGAGGAACCAGAGAUGGAACCUGUUGUUGAGGAAACACCAGAGGAGAAAGAAAUUGUGGAGGAAGCAGAAUCUGCCCUUGUAGUUUGGGAAACACCAGAUGAGAAAGAAAUGGUAGAAGAACCAGAGCCAGACGCUGUUGUUGAAGAAAAACCAGAGGAGAGAGAAAUGGUGGAAGAAACAGAGUCGGAACCUCAAGUUGAGGAAACCUCGGAGGAGAAAGAAAUUGAAGAGGAACCAGGGUCAGAACCAGUGGUUGAAGUAAUAACGGAGGAGAAAGAAAUUGUUGAGAAACCUGAGUCAGAAUUUGUGGUUGAGGAAACAAUGGAGGAGAAGGAAAUUGUGGAGGAACUAGAGUCAGAACCUGUAGUUGAUAAAACCCCUGAGGAGAAAGAAAUCGAAGAGGAACCAGAGUCAGAACCUGUGGUUGAGGAAACACCUGAGGAGAAAGAAAUUGUUGAAGAGCCAGAGGCUGCACCUUCAGUUGAGGAAACACCAGAGGAGAAAGAGGUUAUAGAGGAAGUAGAGUCUGCACCAAUGAUUGCAGAAACUCCAGAGGAGAAAGAAAUUGUAGAGGAACCAGAGUCAGAACCUGUGGUUGAGGAAACACCAGAGGAAAAAGAAAUUGUCGAAGAGCCAGAGUCUGCACCUUCAGUUGAGGAAACACCAGAAGAGAAAGAAAUUGUAGAGGAACCAGAGUCAGAACCUGGGAUUGAAGAAACACCCGAGGAGAAAGAAAUUGUUGAAGAGCCAGAGGCUGCACCUUCAGUUGAGGAAACACCAGAGGAGAAAGAGGUUAUAGAGGAAGUAGAGUCUGCACCAGUGAUUGCAGAAACACCAGAGGAGAAAGAAAUUUUAGAGGAACCAGAGUCAGAACCUGUGGUUGAGGAAACACCCGAGGAGAAAGAAAUUGUGGAGGAACCAGAGUCUGCACCAGUGAUUGCAGAAAUACCAGAGGAGAAAGAUAUUGUAGAGGAACCAAAGUCAGAACCUAUUGUUCAGGAAUCAGUAGAGGAGAAAGAAAUUGUUGUAGAGGCGGAACUUCUAGUUGAGGAAACACUAAAGGAGGAGAGUAAAGAAAUAUCUUAUCAAAAAGAGUACUCUUCGAGAUUAGUUGAAACAGUAAAUUUUUCCACUACCUUCAGGGAAGAGGUUGGCGAGCACACCUUUGAUGAUGUUGAACCUUUCAUAUUGAAUGAUGAAGUUGAAAGAGGGGAGAAAUUGACACAGAAAUCAGGUCCUGACCCCCUUGCUGAGGUUGAUGACCGUGAGUCACAAGUAAUUGGUAUUGAAGAAACUGACUCGGAACCUAUGAUUGAGGAAACACCAGGAGAUCAAGCAAUGAUUCAAGAACGGGAAACAAAAGCUGGAGUUGAGGAAACUCCAAAGGAGAAAGAACUUGUUGAAGAACCAAAGUCCGAACCAGUUAUGGAAGAGCAAAUUGUGGAGCAGAAGAAGCAAACUGAUAUUGUGUAUCAUAAAGAAGAAACGGUUAUGACCAAGUAUGCGUCUACAGUUGUUGAAACAGUUUCAUUUUCAACUACAUACGAGACUGAGGGAGGGGAUCAAAUAUUUGUGGAUGCUGAGACAAUUGAGGAGUUCAAGGGGGACGAGUGGGAACAUGACGCUGAGGAAACACCGAAAGAGCAAGAGAUUAUUCGUGAGCAGGAGAUAGCACCUAUCACUGAUGAAACACCAGAGAAAAAAGAAAGUGUGGAAGAACCAGAGUCGGUGCCUGUUGUUGAUGAAAUUCCGGAGAAGGAAGACAUUGCUGAAGAACCAGAGGCAGAACUGUUAGUUGAAGAACAAGAAGUUGUUGAAGAGGACAAUGAAAUAUUUGAGACACAGAAGUUGACCUCUGAAUACUCUUCAAGGGUGAUUGAAACUGUCACUUUUUCGACUAGUUACCAGGAUGAGGUGGGUGAGCAUACUUACGAGGAUGUUGAACCGUUCAUUCUAGAUGGUGAAAUCGAAAGAGGGGAGAGAUUUACCCUAGAAGCAAUGAAUGCAGCUCUGACUGUUGAUGAGCCUGUGGUUGUGGAAGAAGCUCUGGAGGCUGAGAUUGAACAUGAAGUUGAGACAGAACCUGAAACGAGUGAUGUCACUGCUGGAGUAGAAAAAGCAGCUGAAACCAAAUCACCAAGAGAAGACCAAACAGAAGAGAAAAUCAUGACCACAGAAUAUUCAUCAAGAAUAAUUGAAACGGUGACUUAUUCUCAGUCUUUCUUGGAGGAGGUAGGAGUUGACCAAUUUGAAGAUGGUGAUUUUGAAGCUUUUGUCUUUGAAGAAAAUGUUGAGAGGGGAGAGCAGUUUGCAACAAAGCCUCCAACAAGUCCUAAGGACAGGGAACCUCCUCUCCGUCCCAAAGAGCUGGAAAUUACCAACCUGACUAAGGAACGAAUAGACUCUGAAGCAGAUCUUGAGAUGGAUCCAAUCGCCUUUGACACGGUGAUAGUGUCGGAGAGGGACAGUCUAACCUCACCCAGUGACAAACCACAAAAGAUAACUUCCCCGAUUAGUAGCAAAAGUCUUUCACUUAUUGAGUCUCCAGUAUCUCCAGUUCAAAAUGGAGAUGUCUUUGAAGAUCUAUGUGAUGAACCAGAUAAGUCUUCCAUAUUUGCGGAUGAAGAAAUCUCUGUUGAGCGUACUGAAAUAAUAAUUCAGUUGCCAAAGAGAAUGCUGAUUGAGUCGCACCAAACUUUCGUGGAAUCUGAGGAAAAGACCGAAACUCGGGAGACAACGGUCUUAAUCACAGACACAUCUAAAAUUGUGGCUGAUGAUUCCUGUGAAGCAGCAGAACUAGUUUCACCUACUGAACAUGAGCAACUUGCAGCAGACACACCUGCUGAAUGUGAGGAGCCCUCCGAACAAUCAUCUGAUACCAAAGGGGAGACCAAUCUUCAGCCACUAACCACCAAAUUAAGCUCAGAAACAACAGAUGGACCCCAAGAUGACAGAAAUGAUUCCACGAAGUUUUACCAAAAUGACGCUCCCGAGUUGUACACCAUCCACGAAGAUUCUAUUGAUUCAGCAGGCGAGCCUGUUGUGUUCCGACCACAAGAGCAAGACGAAUAUGGACAGUCAGAUUUUGGUGCUAGCGAUUCAGAGUCAGAAUCAAGAAGAAGAACAGCUACCUCUCCAGAACCGAUGCGCUUAGACUUGUCGUCAAUGCAUCAGGUCCCAAUUGAUGUGACGUUCGAGUCUGGCCUAGAUGCAAUUGGAGAUGGAGACACAAUUCAACAUGACCGUUUGGAGAGAUCACAAUCUGUUGAAGUGGACCUACCAAUGCGAGAGGGUAGAACCCGGCACCACUCCUCGCCAGACUUUUCUAUACAGCAUGAAAAGCUAUUAGAUGAGCUACGGGCAGCACACUUAGACAAAGUUCCUAUCGACCAUGCUGUGAGUGAAUUGGAAUCAAAAACGGAAGAAAGAGACGCUGAGGAUCAAAUUUCCCCUAAGGCUAAGGGCUCUUUUGACCUAGAUCUUGAUGCUUCAUCUUACCCUAUCACUGAAACCCCUCCCGAUAAACCUUCCUCUCCUGUUUCUUCACCUGACAUUUCACCAGUUCAUGCUGAUAUUACUGAUAUUACUAAACUUAGAUUUGGUAUUGGGCAUUCGCCUACAGAAUGUAUCCCUGAGGAACCUGAAUAUCUUUCUUCUGACUUUUCUCAGCCUGAGCAGCUGGGAGCUUUUGAUUCUCCAACUGAAGAAAGAACCAUUGGUGUUCCUUCUUCUCACUCUCCCACUGAGCUGCAAACAUCUGUACCUCCUAAAGACAGUGCAGCAGAAGGCACCACUACUGCUGCUUCAAGCUCCGAUAUCAGUCGUGCUGAGCUCUUGGCAUUUGACAACAUUGGUUUUGAGGGCAAAGAAACCAUCGAUGAUAAGAAGCGUGCAGAGAUUGAGCGACAUGCAAAGACUGAGGAACAAUCACAUGAAGCCCCCUCUCCUGAAAAGAUGGCUAUUGCACCAGAAUCUGAGACGAAACCCCUCGCUGCCACACAUGAAGAGAAACACGAGACAGUACCCCAAUCAUUGCCAUCACCAGCUGCUCCUUCUUUUGAACCCCUUCCAUUGACUGGUAAACAAAUCAGACACGAUGUUGAGGCAAAACAGAAGGAACAGGAGGCUAUACAUCAUUCCCGCAUUAUACGGCAAGUGUCGGAACCUCAUGAAGACAUCAUGAAAUCUUAUGAAGCAACAGUUAUUGAGAGUAUCCUUGAAAGCAGAUCUCAUGAACCAGGACCGUCACCUACAGACCGCACUAUGCAUGCUAAUGCAUUCCGCAUUGGUACUACAGAAUAUGUUUCUUCUGAUACAGAGGAAGCCCGGGAUAAGUUAACCAAGGCAGUCAUUGGUGAACUUCCUGAUGAGGAAGAAGAAGAUGUUCCAGAGAAAACACUUGACCUUGAUCUUGACCUUACACCUACACGUGAUCAGCAUACUACUGUCAUUGUUCCAGUUACAACCGGGGAGAGCUCACCCGAGAAUUCACUUGACAAUUCUCCCGAAGCAGAUCUGUCUGAUGUUUCUGCAAACCCUGCUCUCAAAAUGAUACAGGAGUCUCACAUGGAACAGGAACGGCAGUCUAGGCCUCCAAUGUUGAAAGAGUAUUCUGAAGACGAUCAUACCAAGUCAGGAUCAUUUGAUUCAGAAGAAUUGGAAACCAGCUAUGACAACAUACGAGAGAUGCAAGAGGAAUUAAGGAAAGAUUUGUCAACUUCAGUGGAGCCAGAGGUUACUGUUUCUGAACCGACUGAGCCUGGUGAGAAGCCUGCAUCCCCUACUGCUGAGGAAGACAUUUCUGUAGAAAAGAAACAAGAAGUUCUCAUGGUGUCAAGAGACUUCCCAGAAGAGCAGGAUGUAGAGAUACAGAGGCGUAUUUCAGAUGAACAGAUCCGUGAUGAACAACUUGAGACAAUAUGUGAGGAAGGAGGCAGCACUGAUAGCAGUAAAGACAGACCACAAAGACCUGAAAUUCAGAGAGUGAAAUUUCAGGAUGAUUCCAAAGGCAAGGACAUGCCGCCAAGUUCUGUAUCAAGUGAAGAUAUGGCAACAUCUUCCUCUUCUGAAGAUAACCGUGAGCCAACAUUGUUAGCAGCUACAUACGAUCUAGACUUUGGUCACGUUUCUCAUGUUGUCAGUUCAUAUGAUGUUUCUCCAGAUAGUGUUGAUAAAACUGUUGCUAUCCCGUCACAAACAAAAGCCAUUCUCUCUAGCCCAGAGGAUGAAGUAUUUGAAGCUGAGUCACCACAGAAACACAAGGCUCCUCUCUUAUCCAAGGAAGUAAUCACAGAAAGCAUAGAAGAAGGUGAAACUGAUCAAUCAGACACAACUGAGUCAGUUCCAUCUACUCCUGCAACCGGAUCAAGCACUGGGAGUCAAUCGCCAAAGAGUCCUUUUAGCAGAUUUGAACGUCCGUUGGAGGAGAUCUCUGAGCAGGAGCAUGAGGUCAGAGCCAAAAAGGAAAUGGCUACUACUGCAGAUGAAUCAUUUGAGCUGGUUACUGAAGAGGACAUGGAAGGGUAUGAACAAUACGAGGAAGAGAUGCACAGAUUACAGACAGCUGCAGAGUCAACACCACAGUCUUCAAGUGUCGUCCCACCAAUAUUUACGCCAGGCACAGUUGAAGAAGCAGAAUCGCCAACAUUUGAAGUGUCCCCAGUAAGCAGCAGUGAACAAUCAGACAGGGGCCCAGUGUCUCCUUAUGAUUUCCCUUCAAGUGAACCAUUGCCUGAUGUAGCCCAAGCAUCAGCAGGUGUUCUACCUACACCACCCCCUGAAAUUGAAUCUGAAGCUGUUGAUGAAACACAACCCGAACCUUAUCUCCACACUAAUGGGCCGACAGAGAUUGACUAUUCACCUGAGUCUCCACUUCAAGCUACAUUCCCUGGUCCAUCAGAAACUCUUGCUACUGAUGACCAAGACAUUAGUGGAGUUGAAUCUGAAGCAGCUGUUCAAGAAGAACCCAUAUCAACAGAGGAGGAGCCAACAACUCAAGCAGCACCCAUUAUUAUCAGUGCACCUGCUGAUGAGCCUCAGGUUACAGCAGAAAGUGAAGAAGUAACACAACCGAGUGAACCAGCUGUGAUGAGUGGAAGUCUGGGUGAUGAUAUAUCAGUGCCAAGUGUAGAUAGGAUGGCUGCUUCAGACGCUACUCUAUAUGAUAUGGAAAUGCCAGUGGAAGAGGUCACAACACAAGCUGCUGCACAACCUGUUGCAGAGGAAGAAAGGGAUGAGACUCCACCAUUACCUAGUCCUGAUGAUGUAAAAAGAAUGCCCGUUCCAUCUGUACAAGAAUCUGUUUUACAAGAAGGGGCUCAGAGUACAGCUACGGUAAUACCAGAAAUUGACUAUGGCACACUGUUUGGUGAGGCCACUCUUGAUGAUUCAAAGUAUUCUGCUGUUCCCGAAUCACUCACUCCUGAUCUGUCGAAACGCAGAAAGAAAAUAAAGGAUCCUACAAUAGAUGACUCUUCCGAAAGUGAAACUGAAUUGCAAGAGGUUAUGGAUCGCCAAGGCAUACAGGAGUCCCAGGAAACUCAGGAGACUGCUGAGGCAGCUAAGACAAAAGAGGAAGAGCUCGGGGCAUAUGGAGGUACCCCAUCACAAGGGCCACAGAGCGCUCAACUAGCUGAGGAUGAGAAGGAUGAACUUGAGGACUUUGAGGACUCAGAAGACUCACCUGAACCAGAAAUAAUCCAGGUUAUGUUGGCAGAACCAGUUGAAUCACCAAUGGAAAGGCCAGAUGUCGAAUUCUCUCUUGUGGAAGAAGACAGGCCUGACUCAGAACUUCCAGAAUUCGAGGAGCAGCGGCCAACAUCAGAAUCUUCUGCAUUUUCCUCAAGACCUGAAUCUGACUUGAGGGGUUCAAGUGGAAGUAGAACAGAUUCGCAACUACGAGACCUGAGAAGUUCUGAUGAUGAUACCAAAUUUGAAAAGGACCAGCAGGAUAACACUGAGUAUGAGCGCCCACUUUCCCCCAUUCCUGAUGACAAGGCUUGCAUAAUCAAUGAUGACGAUGACGAAAGUGAACCAAGGGUACAUUUUCCAUUUGGUGCUCUUACACCUGAACCAGAGCCUGCAGAACCAAGGAAUGAGAAACUGGAGCAGACAGCUUCCGAAUUUGUGCAUACUGUGAUUCAACAAGCUCAAGACCAAAUGUUUCGGAAUAAUGAAAACAUCACAGAAGAUGCACCUGAUGCAGAGCAACCCACUGAAGAACCUGUGGAUUCUUUUUUAGACUAUGAGGUGCAUCGAGAUAAACCUCCGGGUCCGGAUGAAGAAGAAGAUGGGAUAUCUGAACCCACGACUGAGGUGCACAUAGAUGACACUGAUUAUUUUGCAAAGCAAGGCUCUGAGGAAAUUCCAGAUAUUACACUCACUCAACAUUACCAUGAAGAGGUAAAUGAGGAAGAUUAUCCCACAUCUUAUUACAAACCGGAGGAGGAGAAAGAAGAAGAGGAGUCUUUUUUAGUGGAUGAACCAGUUACGACUGAAGCCGAGGAUGGGAAGGCCCCACUGGCUCCAGUGGUAACUGGGGAUGACAAAAUACUACAGGUGAGGGAAGAAGCUGGAUCAGUUGGGAGUGAUGAGGUUAUUGCUAUUCACCGAGACAUCUCGCCACAUUUUGGAAAAGACGACUUGGGUAAAAUGUUUGAAGAUGCUUUUGGUGAGAAGGUAGAGGUUCAAAUGAAAGAUGAGCCAAUGGAAGAGGUCAUGGAUGAGCGCAGUCUAGAUGAGAUGGCAGAAACUCUUAAUCUCGAUCUUUCUUGGAGUACCAAAUCAAGUGAGACUGCUUCUUUAGUUGAUGAGGAAGAGCAGACAGAAGAAUUUGUUAAGCCAGAUGAGUCAGCUAUCUCUAUAGAUGACAUGAAUGCCAAACUCGAAGAGAUAGUUUCAGCUCCGGAGGAUGUCCAUGUAUCAAGUUCGGAACCUGACGUCAUUCUUAAACAGACUGAUGACUCAGACUUAAGCAAGAUGUAUCUAGAAGAAACCUCAAGAAUCACCCAGUUACACAGUAAUGAAUCUGAAGACACAAUCACCCAUGAGAAAGUGAAGGUUGAAAUGGUUGAAACCAGAAAGCAAGUCACGGUUGAUCUUACAGAAACAAAACUGUCAGAGGUGUUCGAAAGAGAAAUUGAGCGGUCUGCUGUUUCUCAAGCCCUUUCCGAGGUAAUGGAACAGGGGGCUAGUUUCUUUGAAGAAAGGUCAAUUCCAGAAAUGGAAUCUCAGUCAAGUGAGCUCACCGAAGAUGAGUUAAUUGAAAGUUUGAGGACAGAGAAGUCAGAAGAUGAACAAGAGGAGUCUGAACCAGUUGAAAGCCUUAUGCCACACCCAUCUGCUGACAGAAUCGAAGAUAUUACUUUACUGCCUGCAAGAGCAACAAUAGACUACACUCGAUUUGAUGAUGCACAGCAUGUUCAUGAGGCCGUUCAAGUCCCAACUACUGUAAGUCUGGUCCAUGGUGUCGAUCCAUUGUCUAUUCCUGGUGAGGACGAAGAAGAAAUUCAGCCAACUAAGGCUGAUGUAGUUAAAUCAGUAGAUCCACAGUCUAUUGGCCAAGAGGAAGAGGAAGAAGUAAUUGAACCAACCAGAGCUGAGGCAGUAAAGUCGACAGAGAAGUCAGAUGAUGAACCAGAGGAGUCAGAAUCAGUUGAAAGUCUUAUGCCACACCCAUCUGCUGACAGAAUUGAAGAUAUUACUAUAUUGCCUGCAAGAGCAACAAUAGAUUACACUCGAUUUGAUGAUGCACAGCAUGUUCAUGAGGCCGUUCAAGUCCCAACUACUGUCAGUCUGGUCCAUGGUGUCGAUCCAUUGUCUAUUCCUGGUGAGGACGAAGAAGAAAUUCAGCCAACUAAGGCUGAUGUAGUUAAAUCAGUAGAUCCACAGUCUAUUGGCCAAGAGGAGGAGGAAGAAGUAAUUGAACCAACCAGAGCUGAGGCAGUAAAGUCAGUAGAUCCAUCAUCUAUUUCCCAAGAGGAGGAAGAAGUAAUUGAGCCAACUAAGGCAGAGGCUGUCAAGUCAGUAGAUCCAUCCUCUAUUGGCCAAGAGGAGGAGGAAGAAAUAAUACAACCAACCAAAGCAGAGGCCGUCAAGUCAGUAGAUCCAUCCUCUAUUGGCCAAGAGGAGGCGGAAGAAGAAAUAAUACAGCCAACGAAGGCAGAGGUAGUGAAGUCUGUAGAUCCAUCAUCUAUUUGCCAAGAGGAGGAAGAAGAAUUAAUACAGCCAACUAAGGCAGAGGCUGUAAAGUCAGUAGAUCCAUCAUCUAUUGGCCAAGAGGAGGAGGAAGAAGAAAUAAUACAACCAACGAAGGCAGAGGCGGUGAAGUCUGUAGAUCCAUCAUCUAUUUGCCAAGAGGAGGAAGAAGAAUUAAUACAGCCAACUAAGGCAGAGUCUGUGAAGUCAAUAGACCCAUUAUCCAUUCCUGCGGAGAAAGAAGACAUUCCUACUGAGGCUGCCAUCGUUGAAGGUACGCUUGCUGUAGAAUCGGUCCAAUCAGAGCAACCCAUGACAGGUGAUGAAGUUGAGGUUGACCAAGGAUACUUUGUUGAGCUUGAGACUGUUGAUGCUAGCAUAUCGGGCUCUGAAGCAUCUGAAGAUGUUGAUUCCUUGAUCGAGGAUGUACCUUUAGGGGGAGCACCGGUUGAGGAGCACCAGGAAGAAGAAGAUCCUGAUAAAAUGCAUGAACAUGUCCACAGAACUCAUUCCUUUGAAGAAGUCCCUGAGGAAUCAUUCUGUGGUACAAAGACAGUGAAAAUUGAAUUCAGAAAACUGUCUGCUACCCAAGUUGAAAUUGUCCAGCACACAAAACUCCAAACAACACAUGAAGACAUUGAAGAGGCAACUGGUGCUGAAGGGCUAGAGGAGAUGAGAACUUCUACAACUACAACCACAACAACAACUGUGACCAAAGCUGAUAUUAAACGACCAACAGGUUUGCCUACUGAAAUGGCUGAUGAUGAUGAAUCUGACGAUGACACAGAUACCGAACAGGAGAAAGCUGAAAUCAGUGGUAUUGCAGCUGAUCUUAUUAGUCCAGAGGACAUUGAGGAGGACUCUUCCAGUGUUGACAGUUUCACUACCGUUGUUGCAGCUGAUUAUGAUGAAGAGGAAGAGGACCGUUUAGCCGAGGUCUCAUCCAUGAAUUCUUCAUUUCACUCUGAUGUCCAUGGUGCAGUCUGCACAGAAGAACUCCCACAAGCUGUCAUAUCGAUAGAUGUUAGAGACAAAGAGGAAGAGGAUCAGAGUGAGUCUUCAUCGAGUAGUGACAAGUUUGAAAUAAUUGAUAAAUCAGAGUUGUCAGAGAUUGAUGUCUCAACAACAAUUCUUGAUACGGAAGGCUCAGAAAAAGACAGGUUCGAAAUGGUCGAAAAGGAGGAUCUUCUCGACUCUCCAAGCUCAGAAAAGGCUCAAAGCAUUCCUAGUUUGCCAAAAAGCAUUCCAAGUUUACGAAGUAGCAUUCCUAGUUUACCAAGUAGUAUACCUAGCAUUUCUAGUUUACCAGAUCUACCAGGAUCGUCGCCAAGUUACACUGCCUCGCCAAGAGAUCGUUUCUUUGCUAAAUAUGGAGAAAGUGAUAAUGCAUCAGUGUCAUCGUCAGUGCCAUCAUCUUUGGCUGAGUUUGAACAAAUCGAGCAAGAGCUUCAUCAACAAGAAAUCUUUCAGAUUGAGUCGUCAGAAUUUGAUGACAUGGAACGCCUAACUCGACCAGAUAAAAACAAAGAACAAGAUAACAUAUCUGUCACAUCCUCUCUCAUUGAAUUUGAAAGUCUUGAGAGAGAAGUCAUGCAGUGUGAAUCCACAGAAAAAAUUACACCAGAAACGCAGAGUAGUGUCGGUGCAGGAUCAGUAUCCUCUCUGGCUGAGUUUGAGAGGCUAGAGCAGGAGUUAGAUACUCAUGGCGAGCGGAGAGAUUCAUAUGACUCAUAUGAACGUAAGAGCCUUCAGUCCUCAACUUCAUCCCUGUCUGAGUUCGAAAGGAUUGAACAGGGGUUGAUAUUAGGCGAAGUAAAAGCUGAGGCUCAAAGAAUCGUUGAUCUCUUAGAGAGUGGUGAACUGCCUGGACCCUCUGGUACAGACAGUGGUAGUGGUAAAGGCUCAUCGAGUGAUCUUGAUCAGAAACCUUCAUCUGACAAGUCGGACUCAAGCAAAGACUUGCCAGCGGUGGGGGAAGACUUCGUUGAGGGCGUUGAUCCCGCCAGUUGCAAAGGUGAGGUGGACGAGGAGGAUGAAAUGGACAAUAUUGUUCAACAAGCUGCAAUGAAUGUCGAAGGCUUUGAGAAGUUAGACUUGCCAGAUGGUACAGUUCGCCAUACUACUGUCAUGGAAUCAUCUUUCAUCUCGACGGAUUCCUGUACCUGGAGUGCUGCCAGUGGCUUCAGUAUGGUCUCACAGGAGACAGUCAGGUCUGCUGGUGGCAGUGCAGAGCUCAUCCAGAUGCCCAUCAAAGAAUCCCCAGAAAGAGAAAAGGACGCUGACGCCGACUCACUUGAUGGAGAUUAUGCUAGCGUCGUGGCAGUUCAGCCGAAAGAGAUAGACAUGGACCAAGAUUCACUUCAAGGGCAAGACGAGAUUGCAAGUGAUCGCAGUUUCUCACAAGAAAUAGACACGGAUUCUCUUCAUGGCCAGGACUCAAUCAUGCAAGCUUCAAUUGAUUCAAUAGAGUUUGAUCAGAAGGUCCCUAGCCUGCCAAGCGAUCAUAUUGACACUGAUUCUUUGCUCGGUGAUGUUGCAAUGAUCAAGUCUAUAGAUUCUUUGGAAAUGGCAAAAUCGGCUGAUGCUGAUUCUUUGCAACAGGACCUAAUGCAGCAGUCCGUUGAUUCUCUUACGGCAGAUGACAAGAAGGACGCGUUUGUCAUGAUUAAAUCUGCUGAUUCUUUAGAAAUGGAAGACCCUGCUACUCACAAGAUUGAGGAAGGAAUGGUCUCAUCGGUUGACUCCCUAACUGAGCAGAGAGUGCCAGAUGUCAUGACUGAUUCAUUAGAGUUAGGAAGCAAAGCCAAGGAUCCUGAGGAGCGGUUUGAGACGGAUUCACUUGGAGGACAAGAGGAUCCCAUGCUGACAUUUGGAGAACAUUUUGAGUUGCCUCCACCUCAACGACAAGAAAGUGUCAUGGAAAUGUCGACUGAAUCGGGUGCUUGGAGUCACAGUAGUGGUCUUUCUCAUGAAAAUAUUAAAUCAUUAGAUAGUAGUCAAGACAUUAUGACGAUGUCAUUUAUGUCAAUGGGUGAAAUAACUGAAGAAGUUGAAUCUUCAGCCACAUGUAAGGUAGAAACAACUCGCACCGACACAAAAGUUUCGAAAUCUGUUGUAUCACGCCACACAGAAGCCGAGAUAAGGCAUGUACAGGUUCAACAAACAGAAAAUAUAUUUCAAAGUUCUUUUGUUGACCGUGAAGGCAAUAUACGAACAGAAUCUAGCACAGAAGAAACACAGUAUGAUCGGGAGGGUAAUUUUCGAAUAGAUUUCGCUCAAACGCGACAGAGGAAGGUUUUUAAUGUAACUGAACUUGAGCAUCAUGAACAUAAGUCUGCAAAACGUGAACUUUCUGAAAGUAGUAGUGAUGCAUCAAUGCGAGAGGUUCGGCCUUUACUUGACCCUCAGUCUCCUGAUUCUGCCUCUUCACCCACUUCCGACUCCUCUCACUCUGACAACUGCUACUGCGGGCCAGAAUUAUCAGCAGCCGCGUCCAGCAAGGUGGAUGAACCCACAAAACCAGGAGAUGAGGGUGACCAAGAGGGUGCCGCUGGAGGGGAAGUUCACACUACCAGAGUUACAAUGAAGAAACAAGUCCAUAAGAAAACCGUCAUUAAUGACGAUGGCUGUGAAGAAACCGUCAUCACUGAAGAUUCGCAUAUUAAAAGUGACGGUGAAAGUCCAGAGGAACUUCAUGUGCCAGUGAAAGAAAUCAUGGAUGAAUUCCUUGAGAAUAAGGGACAGUUUAUAGCACAAAGACCGUCAUAACAUCAUGUCGUUUAGGAGUUUCCUAAAGGUGUCCCGCCCAUUUUAAAGAACUGAUGAGGACUUUAAGAUAAGAAUUUCGAAGCGACCAUGACAAACUGGUGAAAUUAGAUUCAAAUUAUGAAAUCACUGAAGGUAGCCCCUAGAAUGCUGAUAAGAUGAAGUUUAAGAGCUUUGAAGGAAGUCGGAAUUCUUUAAAGUCCUCAUCGGUACUUUUUCAACUGAUGCAAAUGUCUGGACUAUCACGUUUAUUUAAAGAACAUGCUGUAAUGGACUUUUUAGAUCAAGAUAGUUUUCAACUCUAACUUCUCUCUCAGUCAAACUUUGUUCACGACUUAGAAAUGUUAAUAGAUAUUUUUAAUCGAACCAUUGUACUCUCUUGGGAACAUUCGACGGUAAUGUUUAGUGUGUCGCCGUGAAUUAAUUGCAAUGUGUAUUCGGCCUCAAUCCUAAGACUUCUUGUGGAACGCCCUGGAACAAAUAAUCAAAUGUUCGUUUCAGUUUUCAUAUGACAUUCGUAAACUUUCGUUCGGGUAGUUUUAUGCAAAACAGCCCGUUGUCUCCCAUCACGGGGUUCUUCGAAGUCUUAGGAGAGAUUCCGAGGCUUUCUAUUAAAUCUGAUGUUUCUGUAUAGUUGCCCCAAAACAUCACGUUUCAAUAGCUCUGUGGCGCCAGAAUUUAAAUUGGUAGGCACACGUUUACCACAAUGGAUGCCAUGAUUUUUGUAUGUAGUUUUAGUGGCUGUAGUUGUGAGAUGUAACAUAUUUUAUCAUGUCGAUGUCAUAAGAAAGCAUAUUUGGUGUAGUCGCGAACCCUAGCCUAUCACACAAGAGGACAUAUAAAUGCACUGUUGAACUACAGUCGUUCGUUCGCCGUUCUCUUAUUAUUUUCAAAUGUUAAUUGAUAGUUCAUGUCAACGUCAUUAUAUUGAACCAAUCAUGUGAUACUAACUUUUAUUAGUCAUCAUGGCGGUUGGCGUCUGAAGUAAUGAGCAAUUUUAUAAACCCCCUCUAUAAAAAUUUAUAGUGUCUGCUGAAGGUUUUAUCAUGCAGUUUAUUUUGCUUUUAGGACUUGUAACUUUUGGUUAGGGAGAAUUGAACUAUCGAAACAUUAGUAUUUUAUCCAUGUAAACCGCUUUCAUCAAGGCAUAAAUGUAUUUAUAUACCCGACUUAUAACAUAAUCGGCUACUGCACCCUACUGCAUUUGCCAUGUCAGAAGGGGUCGCUUAAUGGCAUGACUUACCAGAUUUAUCGUGUACCAUAGCAGCGUUUUAAGUUUACUGAAAUUUGUACUUCAGUGUCAUUAUCAUGUCCAAAAAGUACAUGCUUUGCUAGCAUAUUCAAAGUGAACUGACGCAAUCCUUAGCUUAGGCACCCCAGAUACUCAUCAUUGUGCAUGAUUAGUCUUUGCUUGUGAUAAUAGAGGUCGUACCCUGCUUAAGUGACCAGUUUACACCAGACCUGUUUCCAUUUCAAACAGAUUGUGUUAUCAUGUGAUGCAGCAAGUUAUAAUGUAAUUUGUAGGAAUAUUUAAAUUCCAGUUCAUUCAUCACCAAUGUUGAUUUUGGCCGAUCAAAAUUAUUUUUAUUUUUCCUGAAUAUUUCCACGAGUGUUAUUAAUGAAAACCAAUAUUGAAAUAAGGAAAAGCUCCCCUGUUUGAGGAUUUCUUACCAAAGUGACCGAAUUUCUGUAAUCGUUCUUUGAACUUUCAAAAAUUGGUGCUUUCUGGGAUACCCUGUAUAAGUGUCGUCUGCCACAACUUGGUGAUGGAUGAAAAGAGAGUCCCAAGCACAACUUGAAUACGCAGCACCUUGUUUGCCUCUACGUCACAUUCUUACUCACUUGGCACUUAAUAUUUGAAUAGAAAUAUUGCUGUGUGUUAAUCGUUGAAUAUUCCAGAUACUCUUACAAGUUCAGACUGUAAAAAUUAAAAAAUUCUUAAUUUGGUGGAUGGGUAAAAUGGACGAUUUUACAAUUUUGGCCAUGUAGGUUGUGCCUUCAUGGCAAUGCCCUGUAAUAGGCAAGCUCACUCAAAUUUCAAUAUCUUUUGUAACAAAGUCCUUGAUUAUGAUUGAACUUAUAAGGCGUGUCUGGAGUUUGAAUUAUUUUGCAUAAAAAUGGUUGCAUGCAUUAUUUCGUUUAUCUCAAACUGUGUUUCUAAACAUGGCAGUCCCCAGCAGGCGUACUGUUGUAUGUACAUAUGAAUCGCAGAAUGAGCAGCUUGGUGUGAGUAGAGAGAGCCGUUGCUUCACCCAAAGUAUUGACAUGAAAUGCAAAAAGGCAUUGUUGUAUACAGGUCCUUGGGACAAAUAUUGUUGUCUAGCUCAUAUUAUCUGUGUGUGAACCGCUAUCAAAUUAUCAUAUCAGUGAUAAACAAAUUUCACAUUCUCCCAAAAAUCUUCUGAUUGAAACUUCAUAAAUCAUUGUACAUGUAAUUAGUUUUCCCUAUGUCCCUGAUUUAGCAAUUUUUUAGCUAUUCAAAGAUAAUUUUUACCAAGUUGGCUAAAUGUCUUUUUGCGGCAAUUAGAUAUUUAAGCAAUGUCAAAGAUGGUAUGUGGGUUCAGUAUGCCGACAUCAAUGAUUCACUCCCAAAAGUAUGGUUGUCCAAUUGAUGUUGCAAUAAAGCUUCGUUAAAAACUAUAAA